UGGUUGCGGUGAAGGUGGUUUGUACCGUCCCGGCCAGUUGUGAGGAAGAUAGCAGGCGAGGGCGAGUGGGUGGCUCCGGCCGUGGUGGACCAUGCAAGGAUCAGAACAGUACUUUCCCCGAGGAGGGAAGAUCAAAAGGAAAGCAAAUGAUCUGAAUGCAGACAAGGCAAAUGAGGACAAGCUCUUUGAUGACCAGCCACCCAAAAAGGCCAAGAAACAAAAGAAAGCAAAGCAGAAAAAGGAAAAGGUAUGUGAUAAGAAAGGGACUGCUAGGGAUGAAGAUGAAAUCACCCAUGUUGACCCUCUGAGGCAGGAUGAUUUGGAGGCUGGCAUGGUGCUGCUGGGCAGGAUCCGAGAGGUGCAGGAGCUGCAGCUGCUGGUCAGCCUGCCCUGCCAUCUGGUGGGUGCUGUGCCAGUUACACAUAUAUCUAGUGUGUACAGCAAGCUGCUAGCUCAGCAGAAUGGUGGUAGCUUGGCACCACCCCUGGCCAGUCUGUUCAAUGCUGGCCAGUACAUCAACUGUGCUGUGGUCAAGACAGAUCAGUCAGGACACAAGGUGCGCAACACGCUGUCGGUCGAGCCGUCUGACGUGAACGGAGGUCUGCCGGCAUCGGCGCUGGGCCGCGGCCUGACGCUGCAGUGCGCCGUCCGCAGCGACGAGGAACACGUGUACGACAUGGAUUGUGGCGUGGCUGGCGCGCGCGCCGUGCUGCCCAAGGCGUCGGCGGGCGGCGGCGCACCGCUGGUGGCCGGCCAGCUGCUCUGGUGUGUGGUGGACGCGGUGCGCGCGCAAGACGGCGUGCACACGGUGACGCUGAGCGCCGAGCCGGCGCGGCUGAACGCCGCCGAGCCGGCCGCAGAGUGCGCGCUCACACGGCAGACGCUGCUGCCCGGCCUCCGCCUGCCAGUCACCGUGCAGAAGGCGCUGCCGGGAGGCCUGCAGGUGGGCCUGCCCGGCCAGUUCAGCGGCCUCGUCUACAAGACGCAGCUGGACGAGCCGGCCGACUGCCCGGAUGACUACAACGCCGGCGCGGUGGCCCAUGCACGCGUGCUGUACACGCUGCCGGUGGUGCGGCGUGUUUACCUGAGCUUGCGGCCGGCCGUGCCCGGAACCCGGCUGCUGGCCCAGGUGCUCGACGCAGACGCGCAGGGCGUGCGUCUGCUGCUGGACGGCAGCAGUCAAGUGGCAUUCGCGCCCAUCUGGCACGCCACGCGCGGCGACUCCGGCCGCUGGCGGCGCGGCGAGACGGCGCGCUGCCUCCUGCUCGCCUACGACGCCAUGGACGAGGUCUACAUCGCCUCAAUGAAGCGCCAGAAGGAAGCGCCGGUGGCGGCGUCCAGCUUAGCCGUCGGCCAGAAGGUCUCGUGUCGCGUGCUCGAGCUGGGCGAGCACGGCUGCAAAGUGGAACUGGACGGCGGCGCAGUCGGUUUCAUCCCCAUCCACCACCUCACCAAUGUGCCCGUCCGCAACCUACAGGCCAUGUUCCCGGACGGCAAGCGACUCAAGUGCCGCGUCGUGCAGGUGGAGCCGGCCGGCCGCCGGCUGGUGCUCACACACAUAGCGCGCCUGGUGAGCGGAGAGCUGAGUCUGGCCAGCGAGCCGGCGUCGCUGCGGCGCGGCCAGCUGCACCACUGGAUCGUUGCCAAGGUGACCGAGCGCGGCCUGGUGAUGACCGGCUGCGCGGGCCUCAGCGGCUUCGUGCCGGUGCAGUUCCUGCGCGGCGCUGUCGAGGACCAUUUCCCGGGCCAGAUCGUGCAGUGUGAGGUGCACAAGGUGCGGCCGGCCGAGGGACCGACUGGCGAGCGGCGCGUCACGCUCAGUCCGCGGCGUGACGACGCCGACCGGACCUGGCGCGGUCGGCUGAUGGCGGUGCGCGUGACGGGCCGCGCCGCCGGCCGCCUCCAGCUGGUCACCGCCGACGGCGAGCACGCCGAGGUGGCCGCCGCGCACCUGACCGACGUGCCCGAGCACGCCGACGCCGCGCUGGCCCGCUAUAAGAACGGCGACGCCCUUGAGGUCGUCGGCCUGCACUCGUUUGGCAAGAAGGCGGUCGUGACCGCUAAGCCGCUGCUACUGGAGGCGGUUAAGAGCGGCGUAUACCCGACGCGCCCCGAGGACCUGGUGCCCGGUCUGCUGCUGCCCUGCUGCGUGGUGCGCGCUGACGAACAGGGCGUGCUGGUGGCGUUCCCGUGCCAAAUGCUGGACGCCGCGUACCGCAUGCGGGCGCAGGCGCUCGGUGAAGGCUGGCAGGCAGACACCACUGGCCUGGCGGCGCUGCAGGACCGCACACUGGUAGCCGAGGUGGCGAGCCGGCCGGACCCCGAGACCGGCUUUGUGCGGCUGUCGGCGCGGCUGAGCGUGCGGCGCGACAAAGCUGGCGUACCUUACCUGCGCCGCUGUCUGCGCGAGCUAGCCGCCCUGGUGCCGGCGCGCCCGGUGACGCCGGCGGGCCAGCUCAGUCUGGUCACCGGCUGUGAGAUCGUGCCGGCCGCGGGCCGCGCCGACCUGGCGCCGCGGCAGCGGUACUCGGCCCGCGUGUUGGCCGCCCCAGCCGGCGGCUACGCGGACGCCGGCAAAGCCAGCCGGCGCAAGGCCAAGGUCUCGAAGAAGCCGGCCAGGAAGGUGCGAGCCCGUGACAAGCACUGGAAGAAGAGGAGCCGUGCAUCGCCCAGCUCUCGGCCGACGCCCAAGAAGCGGCAGAGUGCCACCUCUAUCCGAUACAGCCGGUUCACUCUCGAGGACGAUAGCUAG